ACAAAUUUAAUCUGUAAGAGUACAUUAUCUUUAAUUAAGUCAAAAACAGUUUACAUAUUAGCAUCAGUGUAAACAUCCUCUCUGACGUCACAAUGUUAAGACUUCUGUUGCCUUGGUGCCAUCUCAUUCUGACCCUGGGCUCAUUGGCCCUUACACUUUGAUCUGAACAAUGGAACCAGAGACAUCAGCACUGUCCAGGCUCUCUGAUGAUCUUCAUCCUUCGCCAGCGGCAAUUCAUGAAAUAAAUACAGAGUUUUCUGAGGAAAGUAUAAUAUACUCAGACCUCAAAGUUCGUUGUUCUUCAAAUACCCAGAACGGAAAAAUAACUAAAACUUCGAAAACAAAAGUGUCUCCGUGGUGCAUUGCUGCUGUGAUAUUUGCCUUCAUUUAUAUAAUUACUCUGGUAAUAGUUGCAGCUAUGGUAGCUAAGAUUCAUUGUCUUGAGGAGAUCCUGCAUGAGGCAAACACUGAGACUGCACAUUGCAACAUAAUAUCACAAAAUAAAGAUGGGACCAUCCACUUGCACGAAAAUAAGCUCAGGGAUGCCACUGAUUCAACAUUAUGGUUGACAGCCUGCACCAGGAUAGAAAUAAAGACAGAGAUCAGGACAGAAGUUGAAUUCCUAGGAAAUCUGAGCAUGACGGACAAGCCGUCCAGCAUUUCCUCUCCUGGCACUCAUUUUCUCUCCUGCCGGCCUGUGAAGAAUGCACCUUCUGCAAUGAGUGUAAGCUUCCUGAGGCCUCCCCAGCCAUGUGAAACUGAAUUGGCUUAUGGAGGCUUAUGGAGGCUGGGGAACGUCACCAUCUGUCUGCAAGCAAGAGAACCAGGAAAGUCAGUGGUAUAAUUCAAUCCAAGUUUAAAGGCCUGAGACCACAAGCUGUGGAUGUCCCAGCUCAUGGACAGAAAGAGGGAUUCUCUACCCUCUACCUUUUGUUCGAUGGGGGCCCUCAAUGGAUUGAGUGACGCCUGCCUACAUUGGUGGGAGAGGAUCUUCUUUACUAGGUCUGCUGAUUCAAAGGCUAACCACUUCUGGAAACACCCUUACAGAAACAGCCACGGAUAAUGUUUCGUUACCCAUCUGGGCAUCCCUUUAGCUCAGUCAAGCUGACACAUAAACUUAACCAUCACAAGCUGCUAUUUCCAGAACUGUUCCCAAUGUGUUGUUAAACAAAGAGCAGCCAGUUGAAUUGACCACAACCUUGGCUAUGCAUAUCACUUAAGAGGCUUGUAAAAAGUAAAGAUGCCAUGAAUUUUACAUUAUGUGAAUUUUACCUCAAUAAAAAGGAGCCUAUGGCAUACGUAGAGGGGAGUGGGGGGAAAAAUUUAAAAAAAAAAUGUACGGUUGCCAAACCCUCCUCGUGUCCUCCCCAAGAGUGAUGCAGAAUUGGGGCCCUGCCAUCAGACGUUUUUGGGAGCUCACCGCUGAUGGUCAUGUGCAGCCAGGGUUGGAAACCACUGCAGAGUUUGAUUUUGUUCAGCAGGAUGAAUAGGGAUUUUACUUGAAUGUAGCAAUAAAGACCCAGGGUUUUUGGGGUAUUUUUUGGUUUUUUUUGUUUUUUUCAAGAAUAAACAAAUAAAACUCCCAACAUUACAGCAGUCAUAAGUAGACUGUAAGAAACCAACAUUAUCCAACUUCAAAAAAUAACGAUUAAAAGAUUAAAAGAGGUCGGACGCAGUGGCUCACGCCUGUAAUCCCAGCAGUUUAGGAGGCUGAGGUGGCGGAUCA